AUGCCGACCAACGCUGUCUCCGAUAUCCAGCAGGUGCAAGCCGCCGAGACGGCCGUGGGUAGCGUGCCUGCAACCCGGCACUGGUGGAAAGAGGCCUGCAUCUACCAGAUCUACCCGGCCUCGUUUUAUGACUCCAAUGGCGACGGCAUCGGCGACAUUGCCGGCAUCGAGUCCAAGCUGGACUAUCUGCAGACGCUGGGCGUCGACGUUGUCUGGCUGUGUCCAGUGUAUACAUCGCCCCAGGUCGACAUGGGCUACGACAUUGCCGACUACCGCACGAUCCACGAGCCGUACGGCACGUUGGACGACGUCGACCGUCUGAUUGCCGCCCUACACCGGCGCCAGAUGAAGCUGGUCAUGGACCUGGUGGUGAAUCACACGUCGGACCAGCAUGAGUGGUUUAAACAGUCCCGGUCGAGCCGUGACAGCCCCAUGCGGGAUUGGUACAUCUGGCGCAAGCCGUUUUUCGCCGCAGACGGCACUAGACACCCCCCGAACAACUGGGCGUCCAUCUUCGGAGGAAGCGCGUGGGAGUAUGACGAGGCUACCGAGGAGUACUACCUGCGCCUCUUCUGCACGGAGCAGCCCGACCUCAACUGGGAAAACCCCGCCGUCGUCGCCGCCGUCCACGAUAUCAUGACCUUUUGGCUAGACCGCGGCGUCGAUGGCUUCCGCAUGGACGUCAUUAACCUCAUCAGCAAGGUGCCUGGCCUGCCCGAUGCGCCCAUCACCCUGCCCGGCGCCGCCUUCCAGCCCGCCCACGACCACUACGCCAACGGUCCGCGGUUGCACGAAUUCCUGCGUGGCCUGCGCGCGAUCCUCGACCGCUACAAUGCAUUUGCCAUCGGCGAGAUGCCGUGGGCAAAGACGACCGACGAAGUUGUUCUGUCAGUCGCCGAGGACCGGCGGGAGUUGAACAUGGUGUUCCAGUUCGAUAUUGUCGACAUGGACAUGGGCGUCGGGGGAAAGUUCUCGCCGCGGAAAUGGACGCUGCAGACGCUCAAGGACAUUGUGCAAAAGUGGCAGACGUGCAUGCAGGCGCAGGGCGGCUGGAACACGUUGUUCCUCGAGAACCACGACCAGAGCCGGUCGGUAUCGCGCUUCACGCCACACCGGCCCGCGCACCGCAGUAGAGCCGCCAAGAUGCUGGCUACCUUCAUCGGCCUGCAGUCAGGCACGCUGUUCAUCUACCAGGGCCAGGAGCUGGGUAUGCAGAACCUGCCCAGAGAGUGGCCCAUCGAGGAGUACCUAGACGUCGAAACGCAGAGUUUUUACAAAGAAUUCGUUUCAAAACACGGCGGCGACAAAGCCGGCGUCCAGCAGCUCCUCGACCAAGUUGCCCUCAAGGCGCGCGACCACGCCCGCUCUCCUGUUCAGUGGACGGACGAGGCAAACGCCGGUUUCACCACCGGCACGCCCUGGAUGCGCGUCAACGACGACUACGGGGAAUGCAACGCCCAGCGCCAGCUCAGAGACGCCGACAGCGUCUUUGCCUUCUGGCGCCGCCUCCUGCAGCUGCGCCGCCACCGCCCCGAUGUCUUUGUAUACGGCCGCUUCGAGAUGGUGGACAUGUGCCACCCGGCUGUCGUCUGCUACCGCCGCAUCAACGCCACGAGUGGCGCCACCGCCACCGUCGUCGCUAACUUUACGGAUUACGACCAGCGCUGGGCCAUUCCGCCUGAGUUGUGGUCUCUACCGGGCCGGGCCAAGGUUGUCCUGACCAAUGUAGGUGCAGGGUCACCGCUUGAGGUCCACGCCCAACCAGACCAUACCGUGCUUUUGAAGCCGUUUGAGGCGUUUGUGCUGCUCCAAGAGUCGUCCGCGGUCCCUUCGCGCGUUCCCAAGGGACACCUAUAA